AUGAGAUCCAUCUAUCUCGGACUGGCGGCGGCGGCCUUGUGCUGGGCCGGCGCCCUCAGCGAUCCAGCGGCGGCGAAAGACGAAGCCGAGUUGGCGGCGGCCUUGGUCGGGCGGCACCGGCUUUCAAGGUCCAAUAAUAACGGGCACCGCUUCGCGAGCAGCAACCUGGCUGAACUUGGUGUGCGCCAGUCUACCGGCCAAUGCGGCCCCGAAUACGGGAGAUGCCCCGGAGAUCUCUGCUGCUCCGAGUACGGCUUCUGCGGAGACUCGAUCGACCAUUGCCAUCCGCUCUUCCGCUGCCAGCCCGAUUAUGGCACUUGCGGAUGGCCCAGGGACCCUCCGGCCACGUCGACAUCGUCAUCGACUCCGCCCGCAAGCUCCAGCUCCAGUACGAGCACGUCUCAGCAACCGCCAUCUACGACCUCGAGCAGCACUAUUACCAGCAUUCCGUCCUCGACGUCGACUUCGUCCGGCCCGACCCCAACCGGCCCUCUCGAGGUCACCAAGGACGGCAGGUGCGGCAACAACACCAUCUGCGUUGGCAACCCCAACUUCGGCCCCUGCUGCUCCCAGUUCUUCUGGUGCGGCUCCUCGGAGGAGUACUGCGGCGCCGGCUGCCAGAGCCAGUUCGGCGCCUGCAUGGGCGUCCCGGGCAUUCCCGGCGAACCGCCGAACAACAUCACCACCAGCUCCACCACGAGCAGCUCGACGACGGCGACGGCGACCUCCACCACGGUCACCUCCAGCAGCAGCACCACCAGCACCUCGUCGUCCCCUCCCGCCUUCACGCUGCCCCCCGGCCAGGUGUCCAGCACCGACGGCAGGUGCGGCAACAACGUGAACUGCCUCGGCUCCCAGUUCGGGCGCUGCUGCAGCCAGUUUGGCUGGUGCGGCGAGGGCGACACCUACUGUGGCUACAUCGCCGGCUGCCAACCCAACUUCGGGUACUGUGAUCCCCGCCCGACGUGA